CUACAGAUCCGUUUACCUCAUUCAAAUUCAGUAUAGCACUGAUGUACCCCGCUACAUCCUAUUUUGACCAUUCCCAAAGCCGAUCUGCGUUAGCUGAGGAACCCUGCAGUUGUUCUGCAGGCUUGUUUUGUGUUGCAUUGCAUCGUGUGGCUUGAAGGAUGAAUUCUAUAAACGUAUAGGAUUCCCUUCUUAAUACCUAAGAUCAGACUAAGGUCAGAAGGUCAAUCAACCCGAAGAUCACCAUGCCACGAUUCACAUAGAAUUCGGAUCGAAUUUAAACCGAUCUUACCUUUGACGAUUCAAGGGUGACCGAGCAGAUCAGCCGGAUAUAUCCGGUUCACCUCGAAGUGAUACGUCAUUACAUCACGGGUUUUACAAGGCUACAGAGGCGAUGUUCGUCUUACUAUGGUAUCGGCUGAGUCUGGCAGCCGAUGAAGAGGAUCAAGACGGCCCGAGGGAUAGUUAGACAAAUCCGUGCAACUGUACUUCGCCCAUGUCAACAAUGGGCGAAAUUUGACGUUACUUUACUCCUCUUCACACGCUGGAGGCUCUUCAAAUCCCAUACUGACACGAGCUUAAGUUUCAUAUUGUAUGUUCUAAAGUGAGAAAGCCAUGGCGGAACUAGACACAGACGUUCUCAUUAUAGGGGCUGGCAUGUCUGGCCUGGGCUUUGCUGUUCAACUUAUUCGCACGUACGGGACACGAAACUUUGAAAUCAUCGAGAAAGCUGACCACAUUGGGGGCACAUGGUGGGCGAACACCUAUCCAGGCUGCGGAGUUGAUGUUGUUGCACAUUAUUAUUCAUACUCCUUUGAGCUGAACCCCAACUGGUCGCGCAAGUAUCCUUUGCAGCCAGAAAUCCUUGCGUAUUUCGAAAAGGUUGCUGCCAAAUACGACAUCGGCAAGCAUACCAGAUUUCGCUCAGUCGUACAGUCGGCUCGUUGGGAAAGCGCUUCGGGGACAUGGCUAGUCUCUAUCAAAGACUUAGCCACCCUGGAAACGUAUAAUCGCCGCUGCAAGAUUCUUGUAACUGCUGUUGGUGUGCUCUCUGUACCCAAUGAUUGCCAAAUACCCGGCGCUUCAAAGUUCAAGGGUCCGUUAUUCCACACGGCAAGAUGGGAUCACUCCUUUAACUGGACAGAUAAGGAAUUGGUCGUAAUCGGAAAUGGCUGCAGUGCAUCGCAAGCAGUGCCCGUCUUGAGCGAAGGUAAAAAGGCAGCAAAAAAGGUUACGCAGUUUGCUCGCCAGGCGCAGUGGGUAUUUGAGCGACCCAAUCCCACAUAUUCAACCUUUUUCAAGUGGACUAUGCAAUGGAUUCCAUUUGCUAUGCGCAUCUAUCGUGGUAUACACAACUACUACGCCGAGUACGACUUUCAGAGCUUCGACAUUAUUACCGGAGCAGGCAUACGAAAGAUGUACGCAGACUAUCAGGGCGCUUACAUCCGACGGGUUUCGCCAGAAAAGUAUCAGAAGUUUCUUGUUCCUGAUAUAGAAGUUGGCUGUAAGCGUCGAGUAAUGGAUACUGACUACCUUGAGUGCCUGAAUCGCGAUAAUGUGGAGCUUAUCUAUGAAGAUUCUAUUGAAGAAAUCGUUGAUAAUGGCGUACGUACGAAAUCUGGGAGAACUAUCAAGGCAGAUGGUAUUAUCCUUGCGAACGGGUUUCAAGUGGAAAAACCACUGGUUUCUCUCAACCUAUAUGGUGAAGACGGAGUUAGCGUGGCAGAACAUUGGAAUAAAGUGAGCGAGGGAUCAGCAUCGUCAUAUUUCGGCACAUGCCUCUCUGGCUUCCCAAACAUGUUCAUCAUGAUGGGACCCAACACCGCUUCCGGUCAUGGUUCAGUAACCUAUACUACGGAAUGCCAGAUCAACUUCACUAUGCGGGUUAUCAAGCCCAUUUUGAAUGCUCUCAAGUCUCAACGAUCCAGAUACCUUCAUGUUUUUGGGAAGAAAGCCGAUGUUGUCCAAGUUAGGUCAGAGGCAGAGCAGACAGACAUAGAUACUGUCCAAGAGAAAGCCAAGAAACUAGUAUGGUCGUCGGGCUGUUCCUCUUGGGCUUUGGACUCACAAGGAAGGAACACUACCAUGUACCCAGACUUCCAGUACAGAUAUUGGCUUAGGAGUGUCUUCAUUGCGUGGGAAGACUUUGAGCUCUCCAAGUCAACACGGCUCUCGGCUCCCUUGGUAACGAACUGGUCCAAGAUAGGAAGUUGGUUGAUUACAGCAGGAGCUGUUGCAGCUAUUGCCGGACUCUUGCACCGAGCAUGCACUGAAAUCCAUGUAUACUGAGCUACAUUCAAACGAUGAUUGUUGCUGAAAUAAACAAUAGAAGAGCUCC